AUGUCGCUGCCUGGAAAAGAAGGGUUCGAGCCCGCGUCGAAUAGUGCGGCUCAGGAGUCAAGUGGAGAUCGCCAAAAGUACCAGUCUUAUUCGCGGAAAACAAAAACCAGUGCCCUGCCGCCAAAAGUGACCGUGCCGACCCCGCCCCACAACUACGAAGAGAAAACCACGCAACAACCAAACGAGCUGCUCGGAAUACCAUGCCGUGGAGAGGAUAAGCUGGCUUCACUUAAGGGCGACUCGCUCAUUUAUCAGCCAGCGAACAGUGCCAAUGCUCAGCACGGAAGGAAAAAUACGGAACGUAAGGACGCGGGUCCGCCUGGCAGACGGGACUAUGAAGGAGGUGACCCAAGCAGUAACAGUCAAGGACUCGAUCACACCAGCAUACCCAAAAACGGAACCUCGACGGAGACGACUGCGACACCGCUGGAUACACCCAGGGCCAGUCUUGAUACCGACAACUCAACGCCAGACGCAAACGAAAACAACGGAACCUCGACGAAGACGACUGCGACUCAGCUGGAUGCACCCAGGGCCAGUCCGUCUGCCGGUGACUCAACGCCGGACGCACACAAACGGACUACGGCGAAGGCAACUGCGACACCGCUGGAUACUCCCAGGGCCAGUUCAUGCCCUCGCCAGUCCAACUUGGACAACGCCAGGAACCUCGAAACUUCAGUGGAGGAGGCAGCGACACCGCUGGAUACUACCAGGGCCAGUCGACCUACUCUGAAGACAACGCAAAGUGACCCUACCCGGACAAUGCAUACCAGCCUCAACCAUAAAAGACUCUGCAACAACGCCCCAGGAAUCAUCCCAUCAAGCCCCGACGACGAACGACCCAGCUGCUCUACCAGGACAACGCCGAGAGCACAUCAGCAUCGCACCAGCCCAUAA